AUGAGUGAUAUUGAUUAUCAUCAAUUGUUAGAUUAUUAUAAAAUCGCCUAUGCCAUGCCCAAUCUCAUUUCUUACCACGAUGCCAGAUUGUCACAAUAUUUUGUAAAUAACCGAAUCACAAAAUUGAAAUCAAUUGAUCUCCUUGGCCAAACAUAUAUUGGGAACAACAGUUCUGGUAAGUGCGGGUCACUUGUUCAAGCUUUCUUCUGUAGCAGCAAUGGCCGAACUUCAAGCCUAUAUACUGGACAAAUUCAGUAUCUUUUUAUACAUUCAUUUACUCUGCCUCCUCAUCCAAACCACCAAGCAUCAACAUUACAUCAAGACCAGCAUGUUUUUGUAUACAUCCAAUGGUAUAAUUCGACAAAUGACAAUGAACACAGAGAUGAAGGUAUUGCAAUCUGCUUGCCAGAAUUCUCUGCUGAUAAUUAUCACAGCAUCUUACCUGUACAGCACAUACACUUAGAGGUCGCAACUGCUGUAGAUGUAACUGAUAUGAACGAAGAAAGAAUGCUGGUCAUUCCUAUGCCAAAAAAUACUAUGCCUGAAGCCUUUAUGAAUAAUUAUGCACUAUGA